UUGGUCAAAAAAGAGUCUCGCGCUGGAGUUGUCCUCCGGAUUCCUCAACUACUGACGCAGCUCGCUUCACUUCCUGGCUGCACACUUGGAGGAGAUCUUCUUGCCCCGAAGAAGAAGUGACAUCCACAAAUAAAGGCGAAGAUGGGCACCAUGCUCGAUGAUCCGUGCGCGUUGACCCACGGGGAAACCGCGCUGCCUCCACCCUCUGUGUCCACAGGGGGCGCUGGUGUGCUGCGUGUAGGGCAGGAAGGACAGAAACAAAACAAGAUUCUCCUUUUGUCACCAUUUAGGAUUGAGUUGUCGUUUCGUUACUGCGGACAGGCAUGUGACUAACAUGUGUGUAUUUUGCUGCAACACAAAAGAGAAGCGGCGUUGUUAUUGUUGUAACCCUUGCAUCGAGCAGAUAACCGAUGUUGACUUACACUGUAAUCGCUGCUAGCAUCUUUAACCUCAGAACUGGAUGCACUGGCACAAUUGUCUGCCUGCCAUUGUAGUCACCUUUUUAUGAAACAGUCUUAGGAUUUUCAUGCAUGCUCGCUUCGCUGGGGAUCCUCUACAGAAGAGGUUGAUUAGCUUGCCUAAAAUCCGAGCAUUGAGCGCCUUCGUCGGCCGCAGCACGCAAGCGAUGCCGCGGUUCGAUAUCGGCCCAGCCGCAAUUCUACAUUUAGCUAGCUAGCGCUACCCACACGAAGCAAGCUGCGGUAAAUGGUUCAACCAAGUUCCUGGUGUGUGGUGGGUAAAAUGUACCCUUUGCACUUUUGUUUACAUGCCGUAUGUUAGAGAGGGUAUAAAAGACACAUACAUAGCAGAUAAUAUGGCACAUAUAAGAGCAGUCGCCAACGUUCCUAGCUAGCUGGCUAGCUAACCAGCUCUGUUUGUUUACGAUGUGCUACUCGAGCUUCGCACAUUUUUAUUUGACACGUUAUUUACAACUUAUGCCGUCUUUUUAUCGACUUACUUUAACCAUUUACACAUGUGAAAUUCAAACAAACGUUUUUAAAUUUGAACUUGAGUGAUUUGUCUUAGGUUUCCAAUAGUUAUACGCUGAGCAGGUGUACGUCAUCGUGAAUGUGGUUAAAAUUACCAGGGUGCUUAAAUCGUUUUCAUGUAAGAGGUGUUAAGCCUCAUAUAAAUAGACUUCAGAUUUUAUCAGCACUUUAUAAGUGGACCUGCUGAGGUGGACAUGAACGAACGUCCUCUGUGACGUCAUGCAACUCAGCAUGUGGACGGACAAGAUGAAGAUGGGGACACCAACGGCGUAGUGACUGCAGGCAUGAGUCUCCGCCAGCCAACCUCCACCCUUGACAGCCCCUUUGCUGCUUGGCUCAGCAGUCUCACCAUCGGAGACUCCGAGCGCAAGUCCUCCCAAAUUACCCAGCAGAGGGAGCCACAGACCGACGUCCCAAAUGAGAGCGGCGGCGGCGGCCUCGUUCAGAGAUGUGUGGUGGUGCAGAAGGACCAGCUGGGUUUCGGCUUCACUGUUUGUGGAGAGCGCGUGAAGCUGGUACAGAACGUGCGAGCAGGCGGUGCAGCUGUCAAGGCCGGAGUCCAGGAAGGGGACCGAAUCAUCAAGGUGAAUGGCUCGCUCGUGUCCUCCAUGACGCAUCAGGAGGUGGUGAAGCUCAUCAAAUCUGGAACGUAUGUCGCGCUCACACUACAAGGGCCGCCCCCUUCCGCGGCCGCCUUGCCUCUGGAACCCCUCCCCACUGACCUUGCACCCAAUCAGAGGAUGUUACCAAGCAGGGAGGGUCCAACCUCUUACCCUUCCCAAAAAAUCACUGGACCCAAGCCACUCCAGGACCCGGAGGUGCAGAAGCAUGCCUCUCAGAUACUCAGGAAAAUGUUGGAACAGGAAGAACUAGAGCUGCAGGUUUUGAUGCAGGAGCAAUUGCGGAACCCCUCGCCAUUUUUAGAGGAAAGAAUUGAGAGUGCCAAGAGAAGAGCAAAGCAAGUGCGUGUCAAGCUUCAGCAGGACAUGGACGGACUGCGGUCGGAAAGUGUGUGCAACUACGUCACGGCGGGUGAAGCAGGACGCUUGUCCCGGGACCCGAGUGAAGGAGACGGUGUAGGCGGCUCAUCUUCUCUUCUGCCGGCCAGCCCUGUUUGUGAUGGUACCCCUCCCACCCAGGCCCUUGACAGUCCCCACUCCUCCCCCUCGUUCUCCUUCCGGAGUCUUCUACUCAGACAGCACAGCUCUGAUAUACACCUUCCCUCUGAUUCGAGCGGGAAGGCUCAAAUCAUCGGGCCAGAGGAAGAAGACGAGGAAGAUGACGGUUACGCGUUCAAUGAGAUGGACGGCCCCUUCCAGGACAUUGAGCUGCUGAAGUCACGGCCCGCCCACAUGACCGUCUUCAUGAGAUAUGUCUUCACCCAGCUGCUGGAUCCCAACCCAUUGCUGUUCUACCUGUCGGUGGAGGCAUACCUGAGCUCCACUCCCAAAGACGCUCGCUCACUGGCACCGCAGAUCUGCUCUCAUUUCCUGGAUCCAGACGCUCCCUUGAAGAUCAAAGUAUCAGAAGACUACCUUGCAGACAUUGAGAGCCGCCUGCAUGCUCAGGAGGACAUCCGUGGGCCGCUGUCCGAGCUGCAGCAGCAGGUGUUGCCCGACAUCCAGGAUCAGAUUGUGGACUACAGGAACAAGCAGAUGAUGGGCUUGGGUGCUCUCUUUGGCGAAGGUGACCUACUGCUCCUGGACGGGGACCCACUGAAGGAGCGGCAGGCGGUGGACAGGCAGGUCACUGCCCUCUGGGAGAUUCUGUCAAAGCACGAAGAGGACAGAAGCUCUCCGUUGGCGUCAGCCGUGCUUCUGUACCUGCGUCAAGCCGGUGUCAAGCUGCGAGACUCCAAGGUGUUCCCUGGUUUGAGCACAGAGAAGGAAAAGUGGCUGACGUUCCUCAAGACAAAAAAGCUAAGCGGUACGAAGAAGGAAAAAGAUGGCGAGGACAAAAAGAGGAAUCCCAUCCUUAAGUACAUCGGGAAACCUCGGAGCACAUCUCAGUCCACAUUCCAUGUCCCCUUGUCCCCUGCUGAAGUCCGUCCUGGAAGUGUGAGGAACAUCAUUCAGCAGUUUGAGAACCACUCGGAGACCGGGGUCGAAGACGGUGACAGCCCUCAGAUGCUUUCGUCCAGCAGCCAGGGAUAUGAUGGCGUGGACAAUCCAAGUGUCCCUGUGCGUCUGGCGCGCAGUGAAUCUUUGAAGGCUCAGGGAGAAGGUCGGAGGCGGGGCAUCUCUUCAGGAAGUGAGUCUGUUCCCCGCUCUCGUAGUGACGUGGACAUGGAGGACCCCAGAGAGGAGCGGGAGGGCCCCGGCCUCAGGCCACUGCAUCACAGCGCCUCGUCGUCUGCUUCUGGCAGCUCCGCUCGGUCUCUAGAGAACCCUACCCCGCCGUUCACGCCACGCUCCAUCCGCAGGAGCACGGAGUCGCCUCUGGCCCUGCUGCCGGACGAGGAGGAAGUGUGCGAAGGUCAAAACUGGCAGGAGACAGUGCCGGCACAGCUCAUUGCCACGCUGAGCCCGAGAGAGGUGGAGCGCCAGGCCGUCAUAUACGAGCUCUUCACCACUGAGGCGUCACACAUGCGCACACUAAGAGUGCUUGACCAAGUCUUCUUCCAGAAGAUGAGAGCAGUGCUCAAUGCUGAUGAGCUAGCUUGCAUCUUUCCCAACCUGCCACAAGUCUACGAGCUGCAUGCCAGCCUGUGUGAGGCCUUGAGGAAGCAGCGGGAAUCUCUCAUUGUUCAAGACAUCGGUGAUGUCAUGUUGGCCAGGUUUGAAGGCGCCGCUGGCGCAGAGUUUCAAGAGCAGGUGUCACAAUUGUGCAGGCAGCAGUCUCAGGCACUGGAGCUCAUCAAGAACAAGCAACGCAAAGACCCCCGCUUUGCCCACAUUGUUCAGGAGUGCGAAGCGAGUCGCCACUGUCGCCGCUUGCAGCUCAGGGACCUGCUGGUGUCAGAAAUGCAGAGACUGACCAAGUACCCGCUUCUUCUUGACAACAUCAUCAAGCACACAGAGGCCGCCUGCCCUGACCUUCCCGCCCUCCAACAAGCGCAGGCCUGUUGCCGAGGAAUCUUGCAAUCCGUGAACGAGGUCAUCAGGGAGACGGAACACCGGCAGCGUCUGGGCCAAUACCAACGCAGACUUGAUGCUACGCCACCAUUCAAGAAUCUGGACCUCAGCACCAAAAAAAUGAUCCAUGAGGGACCGUUGAUAUGGAAAGUCGGCAAAGACAAGCAGUUAGACAUCCAAGCCCUCCUGCUGUCAGACUCUUUGGUGCUACUGCAGCGCGGCCCUGAUGAGCGGCUGCAGCUGCGCCAUCCAUCCCGCUGGCUGGGUGGCGGUGGCGGAGACAGCAAGACGUCCUUCAGCCCCGUAGUCAAGUUAGACUCGCUGCUGGUGCGCUCAGUCGCCACAGACAACAAAGCGCUCUACGUCAUAUGCGCCACUGAGAGGCAGAUCUACGAACUAGUGGCGGGGACGGCGUCGGAAAAGAACAUCUGGAAGGACUUUCUGGAAAAAGCCAUUGCCUCCGCCUCAAGCUCCCAGCCAACCAAUCACAGCUCAGCAGCCAUUGUCCUCCAAGUCAACCAGCCACUAAACCAACCGUUUCCUUUUCCCAGUUCACCCGCUCUCUGCGGCACGUCCCCUUUAGCAGCACGAGGCCCCGCCUUUACAGAAACCACUGUGAUGGUGGAGUCUAACAACCAGACCCGGGGUGAAAGAGUUGCAGUGGGUGUGGCGCAGGCCGCAUUGCAGGACGUGGAGACACUGCGACAGCUCAUCUUAUUCGACCUACACGAUGAUGCCUUGUGCCACGUCUCCCCUGACACGACCAAUGAAAGGAGCUUGUCAAGUGCCAGCCAUGUGGAGGCAGAGAUACAUGGUGGCGCUGAAGUUGUAAGAAAAGCUAUGGUGGCGGGCUCUUCUUCUGUCUCUGUCCAUGAUAACAUCACAGAUGAUGUCACGAUGAUAGCUGAGCAAUUGUCUGCGCCAAGCCGGGCCACCGUGCACGGAAACAUGUUCUACCUGGUCUUGCCCACCCAACAAGGCGAGAGCGCCACAGACGACCUGGAGAGUAGCCAGCCGCCAGAGGCUUUGCCGCAGUGUCACGUGAUCAAAAACGUCGACGAGAUAUUUGGCACCAUGGAAAACUUGAUGAGCAAGCUGCGAGAGCUGAAAGACAUAGAGAAGGAGCAUCACAAGCUCCUAGCCUCCCUCCGAGAGCCAGCAGUCAAUCUUGAUGAGGUCGUAGAAGAGGAGGCGUGCCGCUCCGCCACAGUCUCCAGGACACCGUCUCUAGAGCGCGGCUCGGCAGACGGCAAUGAAGAAAACCCCGCCCAGCCCAAAAUACUGUCCACUGGAUUUUGAGGUCCUGACUGGGAGGAGACUCACUGGAACCACAUUGGGCCAGUGACCUAUUUUGAAGAGUAACAAUCACCCCAGCACUUUACCCACGAUGCAUCCCCAUAGACCCCUCCCACCUUUAGCCGACUGACUGUGUUGGAAUUCUUCAGGGUUAGCAUGUGUAAAGCCACGCCCACUACUGACUGAGCGCUGUCUUUACUACUACUACUGCUGCUUAGCUUAGCAUCAAGACGUAGUGGGAGGCUGUGCUAAACUAACCCCUUUUGUCACAAAAAAAACAUGUGUAUGGCGAGGAAAGCGGCGCUACAGUGUUUCACUUACUGUUGGUGGAUGUGAAGGAAGGAGCUAGUAGGCCACUAGACGGCGUACCAAAGUGAUGACAGGAUGUGAUUGGUCUAGAAGCGUCACAUUCUACCUCCACGUCUCUUCUACACACCCGCUCAUGGACGCAUCGAUUUUUUUGUUGUUUUUUUAAAGUGUUGCACAAGCGAAACUACUGUAUGAACUCACGUCUUUAAUGUGUGUGUGUGAAUGUCUGUAUGCAAGUGUGUGUGUUGAACUAAUGUCAUCCACAUCGUGUUUUGUAUGUUGUCUGCCUUGGUUGUGAUUGGACAAGGAUGAUGUCACCUUGUGACAUUAAAAAGCGACCAUAAACUUGAUUGUUGGUUUUUUUUAUACUUCUCCAAUCAGUAGCAGCCAUUGCAGCAGACAAGAGGCUUCUUGUUGUAUGGGUCCCGGCCACUGCAAUCUACGAGGAAACGAGCCAGCUGACACACUGAGAGGGACUCAAGCGGGCACACCAGUGGACGCAGCAACACACACAGCCCUCAUCCGUCACGAGUUCAGACCUUCCCCAAUCCAGCUCCCUUGAUUAAAGCAGAUCUUCAACAAGUCCUCCAACGAGCGACAAGCAGAAACGGCGAGGGCUGACCUCACAGACCUGGAGCGGCCACCAUACCUCCUUACGACGGUGGCAUCACCUGACGACCCACGCUGCAGACUCUGUGGCGAGGAAGAGGAAUCUGCUGAACACAUCUGGCUACAAUACCCUGCCUGCGCCAUCGACUUGGGAGUAUCAAUGGACGAGCUUGUCCGCCUCCCACAUGGCUGUUGAGCACAUCUGAGGGCUAUCCUCAGGCGCCUGCGGUGAUUCAACAAAAAUAACAUCAACAGCAGCCAGGAGGCGGGUACUGUCCCUGUAGCCCAGACAUAGGCAUUCUGCGGCCCGCGGGCCACAUCCGGCCCUUUGUGCGUCCCUGUCCGGCCAGCGUGAGGCCAAUCAUAAAUUACAAAAUACAUUUUAAAAAGUAUCUUAUCUCUAGUGUGCAAUACAACGGUGCUGCUUUUGUUUUGAAAAGCGUUAUUUGUAUUACUUCCGUGUGGACGUAUGCGCGUGCGUG